UUGAAAAUUAUUUUACGUAUAUGGUUUAUCCAAUUGUAAUUUUACAAUUUGAAUUGGACUUCCCUUCAUUCAGUUUGGAGAACAAGGCUAAAUUAAGUGUUUCCUGGAGCUUUUAUUUAUUUAAGAUUUAUUUAUUUAUUUUAUUUUACAUUUACAUGUAUAUGAGUGUUUUGCCUGGACAUAUGUCCGUGUGCGAACUGCAUGCCUGGGUUUGAGAGGACAGUGGAUUCCCCAGAACUAGAGUUACAGAUGGUUCUGAGCCACCAUGUUAUUGCUGGGAAUCUAACCCAGGUCCUUUUGCAAGAGUAAAUCUUUCUCAGAAUCACUGAGCCACUCUCCAGCUUCUAUCCUGGAGUUAAAAAAAACCUGAAAACCAUGGCACAGGUACUGGAAAUGUAUUUUGUAGGAAGAACCUACUGCAAAUGUAUUUUGUUGGGAGAAUCAGAUGUUUGGCUCUGGCAAUUAAGAUUAAUCUAUACCUAUACUAGAUAAAGAUUUUUAAAAGCAAAUAGAAUGUAAAUAUAAAAAUGUGCGAAUGGUGUUAUCGUAUUCAUGGGUAUGUUACAGUGUGCACUCAUACAUUAACCUCUGAUUUAUUUCUAUACACACAUGCAUGCAUCCAUCUAUAUGUGAAGAAUAUACACGUGAACUUGACAAUAUAAUUGGGCACCGUUUCUCACAGGAAUCUAGGCCCUCAUUGUACAUGGAUGUUAAUCAGAGGCCCAUCUGGUGCAUAGAAGCCAAAAAACAUUGCUGGUAUUUUGAAGGACUCUAUCCCACAUACUAUAUAUGCCGUUCCUAUGAAGACUGCUGUGGUUCCAGGUGCUGUGUGCGGGCCCUCUCCAUACAGAGGCUGUGGUAUUUUUGGUUCCUGUUGAUGAUGGGUGUGCUCUUCUGCUGCGGAGCUGGUUUCUUCAUCCGCCGGCGCAUGUAUCCACCACCACUCAUUGAGGAACCCACAUUCAAUGUGUCCUACACCAGGCAGCCACCAAACCCUGCUCCAGGGGUCCAGCAGAUGGGGCCGCCAUAUUACACUGACCCUGGAGGACCCGGGAUGAAUCCUGUUGGCAACACCAUGGCAAUGGCUUUCCAGGUCCAACCCAGUUCACCCCACGGAGGCACAGCCUACCCACCCCCUCCUUCCUACUGCAACACACCCCCACCUCCCUAUGAACAGGUGGUGAAGGACAAGUAGCAAGAUGCUACCCAGAAGGCAAAGAGGCGGGACAGGCCCUUCCGCGUGCCCUCCCCGCCCUCACCGAUACUUGCUAACAGGGCGGUCCAAGGGCAAACUGCUCUUUGAUGUCUUCAAAGCAAGCCCAGCUCUCUUUCAAGUUUUUUUGUGGAGGACAUUUGAAUUUCACACUGUCUCCUCUGUCGCUUCUGUUUCUGAUGUAGUCUGUGCUCUCUGAGAGAGUGUGACAGUAGUCCCCGAGGGCUGACGUUCCCCGAGGUGGCCGAUGUAGAUCCUUGGGAGAGAGGCUAAGAGGAAAGGAAGGCAUAGCCUGUGUGUUGUGGCAGAGAAAGGGUCAGGCUGGGAUAAGACUCCCAUGGUGCAGUAGUGGGAAGAGAAGUUCGAACAGCCAUUAUACACUGUCCUAGCCCGUCCUACUAGAAGCUGCGGAAAUGUGCCGGGGAGGCCUGUUGAUGCUGUUCGGUCUCCACUCACAUUUUGAAAGUUGGCUUUCCUCUUCAGGGACAGGGAAGACCCAAGUGUAUGUAUGCUGCUUCCCCUGCAAGAUGAGGGUCAGCGUCAGGCCCUAGCUGGACAUCUGCAGUUAACUAAAGACCGUUAAAGAGAGGAAAGUCUUUUAAGUUAGGGAAGAUCACUCCCUGCUCCAAAUGGAGACAUUGCAUUUUAUGAGUCAUGCUCUGGGUUCAGAUGGAGAGACAAAAGUUUCCUUUUUCUUUUAGUGCAUUUAUUGAAGUGAGAGUCCUUUGAGAUCAGAUGGCAACUGUGAGCCAUCGGGACCACUGCUCAGGGCUUCAUCACCCUUCCCCCAGGUAGUUCUGGUGAUGGGUUUCAUGGACAGUUCAGAGCAGAGGUCACUUUCAACCCUUGGAGGGGGAGAGAACAGCCAAAGUAGCCCAGCAAAACAAGACCAGCAUUGCUGAGUAAGAGCUAGGGUUGUAUUUGAUCCAAGCAGAGAUGUGCUGGGCUCAGAGGAGGGGAAAUUUAUGAAUAGAACAAUGGAAACCUACUUAGUCGCACAGACCACAUAAUCAAAAUUAGAGAAAGAAGGUGUAGUUAGAGAUGCUGUUUACCUGGUGAGAAUCGGCUCACCCAUAGAUUUACAAGUAGCAGAGGGAGUUCAUAACAGUGAGGAGUGCUGUUCCCUUGAGUAGUUAGUCACGUUGAUGUGUGUUUAGACCCAGAUUGAGACUGUGUAUACUAAGAGCAAGGCAGUAUAGCUAAGAUGUUUAGGUUACUUUAUGUGUAGUAUCGUGGGGAGUGGGGCUGGGAGUAAGGGGACUGACAUGUUAAAUGAGCCAAUCAGAGCCUUUUGAUAAAUAUUUACUUGUUGAAUUGGGCAUCCAAACAUCUCCCUAGAGUGGACAUGAAGUGUUCUUGGGGUAUUUAUAUGGGGUCGGGGUUCAGGAAUCAGGACAGUAGCGGCAUGGACUUAGUUUAAGGACAGAAAGUGUGUGGACUUGGUAGUCAGUUUCAUAGGAAAUUCCAGGGAAGGAGUGAGCACCCUUUAAGGCGAUUCGAGGACACAGUGCUGCUGCUCAAGUCAUUGUGUACCCAUGUGUCUCUGACAUCCUGUUCUGGAUCCAGUACCCCUCCAGGUUCAGGUCCUUGUUUUAAAUAAGACGACAAAGCACAAUGUCUGCUGUUUACAAUCAAGACAACUACAUGGUCCAAACAUUUCUGCUCCCUUCUAUUACCUGUGGUUUUAACUUCAGUUUCCUCCUUUCCUUUUUAAAAUAAGCACAGUCAGAGCUGCUCCUGAGAUUGCACCAAGGGACAGCUGAAUCAAGGCAUUUGGCGUCCUUGACUACAUCUUAUCUUUUUGAUAGCAAAUCCUUUUGAGAAAUUGGAUGACUGAUAGGGCUCAGCAAUUUUAUACUCCAGUGUCUGUGUAAGAUAAAUUUCGUUUGCCAUUGAGCCUGCAUUGAAAUUCCUUCAGCUGCAAACACUGGCAACGCCUAUGGAAAUUGCACUUCUGGGGACAGUUCCCAGCAUUCUUGUUUUCUUGUCUUCAGUGAGUAAUGCUCACCCCUUCCAACAGCUCCACCUAUGUGUGCUGAGGUCCUAUAGAGCCAGUGCUUGGGGACAGACUUGAAGCAGACUUAUGCAUGCUCUUUCCUGGCAACACUGGGCUCAGAUUUCUUCUUUGUUCUCUUUUGAUAGGGUCCUGUUUCCUAUGUAUAAAAAAUAAAAGUGAAUUUGGUCA